AGGCUAGCUGAGCGCAGGUAUCUGUCCACUCGAUGAGAAAGCUCUCGAGGCCUGCUCGGCAUCGAAAACGUCCAGUUCCUUCCCGGGCAGUGCAGAGGCAUUCUGUGAGCGCGAGCAGUGCUGUCUGGUGCCUAUGGAUGUUCAGCAAUCCUCGUCGUAUUGCGAGAGCCGGACUAGAUGGAAAUUCCGGGAGUUGGAGACUUUUCCGGAAAGCAUCGCUGAGCCUUCGAAGAGGAUCAUGGGCGAGCAUAUGUUCCAAACCGAAGCUCAUGCGGAGCUCUACUCCGAAUUUCGACCAGCACCGCCGGUGGAACUCCUGAAAAUCGUGGUCUCUGUGUGUCGGAAUACCGACAAGCUCUUGGACGUGGGAUGCGGUACCGGCCAGAGCACAGAACCUAUGACCGAGUUUUUCGGUCACGUUAUCGGCACUGACAAUUCGGAGGCUCAGAUCGCUCAGGCGAAGAGGAGACAAAACGAAGCCGAUCUCCGCAAUCUAGAAUACAGGGUAUGCUCUUCGAACGAGCUAACCUUCGAAGGGAGCUCUUUCGAUGCGAUCACGGCAUGCCAAUGCGUCCACUACUUCGACUUGGACAAGUUCUACGCCGAAGCUCACAGAGUGCUCCGCAAAGAUGGUAUCCUGGCAUUGAGCGGAUACUGCAUACCUGUCCCGUCGGUGGGAGACCCCGAGAUGGAUGCUGCCAUCAAGGAGCGUAUCAUGAAGCUCUGUCGAGUCGAGCUCGGACCCUAUUUCGAAGUGGACAUAGACUACUUCGAUCGGUGCUACGAGACUCUACCGGCUCCGAAAUCUGGUUUUGAACUCGUCGAGAAGAAUUUGAAGAUCAUCAAGGAAUGGCCAACCAACCUACAUGUGUACCUUAGCUAUCUCAAAUCAUGGUCCCCGUACGUGCAUUUCCGCAAAGAUCACCCCGAAAACGACAUCAUGGCUUCUUUGAGGUCUGAUCUACGCGCCAUAUGCCAGGGAGUAUUCCAGCAGAAAGGGGACUCUGACUGCAAGGUUGAGGUCGACACUCGAUACUUCGUGCACAUAUUCAGAAAAGUUGACUAGGAAGAUCGACAAAACUGCGGCUCAAUCAUUACAAUCAAUCGAUCUUUUAAGUCAACUCCUUCCAGAUAACUAUAGUUAUAUUUCUGAGCGGCAUUCUCUAUCACCAAUUGUGAUGGAGCCUUGAUAAUGAUCAAUACCGCCCGAUGCCUCAUUCUGAAGAACCUAGAUGACGAUGAGUGAUGUCGUCUAGGAGCAUCGGAUUGAAAACUCCACGUUAGGGUUGAAUGAACUCGAAGUUCUCUUUAUGAGCUGAAAUAUUUUAUUCAGAAAUGUCCACCUUUGAGUUGAUUGUUGUUCGUCGACAUCAAUCGUGCGCCUUAAAAUCUAUUUACAUGU